ACUUCCGGCGCCGAGAGAUUCAAAUUAGUGGCGGGCCGGACCGGAGCGGUGGGAAUCUGCUCGCGUCCUGCGUCCUGCCGAGCAGUCCUUAUCCAUGGAUCUGAUCCGAAGCUUCCACGCGAAGCUACGGUCUCUGGCCAUCACCCUCGACAGCGAGACGGCCCGGCUGCAGCGAGCGCUGGACGGAGAGGAGAGCGACAUUGAAGAUUAUCCAGUGAGAAUUUUAUGUGACCUUCUUUCUGAAGUCCAGACUCUAAAGGAUGAUGUCAUUCUUCUUCUUGAUAAAGCAAGUUCGGAAAGUCAAGAAAGCAUUGGUUUCAUAAAGGCAACAAAAGUACUAAUGAAAAAAAAUUCAAUGGAUAUCAUGAAAAUAACGGAGUUUUUCCAGAAGUAUGGAUAUAAUCCGCAUGCCAAGAAAAGCUCAGCGGAUGAACAAGAAAUCACUGACUCUGACUCAGAGUCCACUAAGCAUGAAAAUGUCCAAAUGCCUGAUGUGAAGGACAGUCUGUCCAAUCCUGCUGUUCCAAGCACUGCUAGUUCUGAGAAGUCUCCACGGAGUCCCCAACUUUCAGAUUUUGGGCUGGAGCGGUACAUGAUAUCCCAAGUUCCACCAAACCCUCCACAGGCAGUAAACGACCAUGAAGAAGAGCCCAGAAUUGUAACUCCAUCUUCCAAGCAGUCCGUAGUUAAAGUACUAAAAACUCCAAAAUGUGCCCUAAAGAUGGAUGAUUUUGAGUGUGUAACUCCUAAAUUAGAACACUUCGGUAUCUCUGACUGUACUGCGUGUUUGAAUGAAGAUUACACGAUGGGACUUAAAAAUAUGAAGGAGAAUAAAAGUGAGGAGGCCAUAGAAUCAGAACCGGUGACCAGUAAUCAUUUCUUUGCUACUCCUGGCCUCAUAAUCCAGCAGUUGAAAAAAAAUGAUGGCGACUAUACAGAUUCCCCCUUGGCACCCACGUUCUGCACUCCUGGUUUGAAAAUUCCUUCUACAAAGAACAGUAUAGCUUUGGGAUCCACAAAUUAUCCAUCAUCGGAAACAAAUAGUUCAUCAAACGAUUUGGAAAUGAAAGACUGUACAUCGUUAGUUUUAAAUUCGGAGAAGUGUUUUGAGAGUUUUGCGGAUCCCUCUUCUCCCGUAAUUUCUUCUUACGAGAAUCUGCUGAGAACACCUACACCUCCAGAAGUCACUACCAUUCCAGAAGAUAUUCUUCAGAUUUUAUCAAAAUACAACUCGAACCUAGCUACUCCAGUGGCAGUGAGAGCCGUGCCACCCGGCAAAGCGUUCCUCGCCAAAUACGGAGCACCACCGAGCGUCCGAGGUGCUGGCAACAAAGAAAACUGGUGAAGAAAACUUUGCAAGUUUUGUAGACACAGAACAGAAGGCGGUGGAAGCGGAGCGGGAUGGACUCGUCGUGUAGCCCCACAUCUUCCCCCUUUUUCCAAACCAGCCCAGAGUAAAGAUGAACACGGACACAGAUGUGCUUUUUGUUAAGAUUUGACUCCAUUUAACCUCGAUCUUACUCGGCUAUUCCGUCGUUAAAGUUGUCGUUAUGACUGCACUGACUUCACAUUCACCUGCCUGAUCUAACAAAAUGGUUGAGAGAUACUAGGACGCAGGGUAAAAAGUUUAAAGUUCUUAAAUGUUUGUGACUUCCAACAAGGCCAUCCUGAUCUCGUGGCGGGGUCGUGGUGCCGUCAGCCAGAGCUGGGCUCCUCCCUUGAUUCUGGCUCUGUCCUUGUCCUGUCUCCUCUCACGACUGUCCCUGAGCCUUUCACACCUUUUAGCUCAGCAGCGCUCUCUUAAGACUGUUGUCUACAGAUGACAGCUUAAGUUAAUUUAGGAAGAGGGAGGAGGCCGCAGGCCUGGGUGAUUAUACCGCGGACGGCCUCGGGCGGACCACCAGAGCCAGGGGCUCACCCAUCAGGACGCGUGCCUUUUGUUUUUACUCACAGCUUCUUCGUACGGUCCGCUCCAUCCACCACGUGGCUGCUGACCCUCUCAGCGUUCCCUCUCUCCAGCUUGGCCACCCAGCACACCCCGAGCCUCUAUGUGGAAGGUUUUGAGGACUCCUCCUGGGCCAGGUGCCCUUCUGUGGACUGUCACCUGGGACCCUUGUCUCUUGAGCCCUCUGAUAGCUUCAGGCCUCCCUGUCCAAGCCCAGGAAGUAGUUCUAAGUUCAUGCAAGUAAUGCUGGCGAACUCCAGACUACAACCAGAGGGAAAAGAAGGGCCUGUCCUCUGUGGACACCAGUUAAAAUUGAGAAGCAGCAGUUUGCAAGUAUCUUGACAAGGUGCUUCAGUGUCCCAAACCUACUAACCUUCAAAGGCUUAGGUUUGGGAAAUUUGACGCAGGAAGGAUGACCCGGCCCUCUUUUAGGCCUGCGCCUCGGAAGUCCAAUGUGAAGACCUGUCCCGCUGUGCUCUUUUCAUCCUGUUAGAAGAUCAUCCCUAAAACACCACUUGAUGAUUCUUUGUUCUAGGAAUUACUAUGUGGUUAUAACUUAAUUUUUGUUAAAUGUAGUGUAACAUAA